CGCGGGACAAGCUGUGGGACAGGAACUGCCGGUGAUCGGGCCGGACAGUUAACAUUUGUGCAGGAACCAAAGGGACAAGCUUCUGGGACGCUGGGGAUCCAAGGACGCACAGACGGCAGGCGCCCACCUUGGGUUUUGGAGCUGCCCCCAUGAAGAGCUCCUCUGUAUUCUCGCGGCCUCCGCUGCUACAGUCCCUGCUGCUGUUGCUGCUGUUGCCGCCGCCUCCGCUGAGGCCAAUCUGCGCCCAAGUGUCCACUGGGGCUGCCACAAGCUGGACCCCCGGCGCUCCCGACUGCCCCGAGGCGUGCGCGUGCGCGCCCGGCGGCCAGGCCAACUGCUCAGCACUCGCGCUCGUCGCGGUGCCCCCGGGCCUGAGCCGGCGGGUCCGCACGCUGCUGUUGGACCACAACCGCGUGCGUGCGCUGCCUCCGGGAGCCUUCGCGGGCGCGGGCGCGCUGUUGCGCCUGGACCUGCGCGAGAACGGGCUGCGCUCGGUGCACGCGCGGGCUUUCUGGGGCCUGAGCGUGCUGCAGAGGCUGGACCUGAGCGACAACCAGCUGGAAGCGCUGGCGCCCGGCACCUUUGCGUCGCUGCGGGCGCUACGUUCCCUCUCGCUGGCCGACAACCGGCUAGCACUCCUGGAGCCUGCGGCACUGGGCGCGCUACCUCUGCUACGCGCGCUCAGCCUGCAGGACAACGCGCUGUCAGCGCUAUCGCCUGACCUGCUGACCGGCCUGCCGGCCCUCGAUGCGCUGCGCCUGCGCGGCAAUCCGUGGGCCUGCGGUUGCGCACUGCGCUCUCUCUGUGCCUGGCUUCGCCAGCACCCGCGUCCAGCUUCAGAGGCCGAAACCCUGCUUUGCGUGUCACCAGGGCGCCAGACACUCAGCCCCCUGACCGCCUUUCCCGACGCUGCCUUCAGACACUGCGCGCAGCCACUCGCUGCACGGGACCUGGCGGUGGUCUACGCGCUCGGCCCUGUCUCCUUCCUCGCCAGCCUGGCCACCUGCCUGGCGCUAGGCUCUGUGCUCACGGCCUGCCGUGCACGCCGCCGCCGCUGCCGUGCCUCCGCCCGCCGCCCGCCAAGGAGACCGCCAGAUCCCGACCCGGACGGCCCUGCCUCCCCCGAAAUCCCUGUGAGCCCCACCGCCGCAUCUGCCCAAGCCUGAGGGCACUGCGGUUGCCCUGCGCACUCCCCCACUGCCCGGCGCCCUCGAAACUGCCCAACCAGGUGUUCUCCUUUCACAUGCUGGGGUCAAACAAGCGACACAGAC